GCCCAGUGUAUUCAGACACCAAGUAGAGAUAAUCUUAUAAUUGAAUGGCUACUUUCUGUAUGUCCUCGCCUCCUAUUUAUAUAAAUGCAUUCACCUCUAAUGUUCGUCUUCGUCGUUUCGCAUGCAAAUCAAUGACCAAAAUGAAGUCGGAUGAUGUUUCUGUUGACCUCUGUCGACGCUCCGGUAAUUACCAACCUUCUCCUUGGGACCAUCAUUCACUCCUCGCGAUCACGAACAAAUAUGCGAAUGAAAAGGAAGUGAUAACUAGAGAUGUGUUAAAGAAGAAAAUGAAGAAGAUACUUGAUGUUGAGCUGAAAACCAGUCUUGAGCAAUUAGAGCUCAUCGAUGAUCUGCAAAAACUUGGGAUUUCACACCAUUUUGAGCUAGAAAUAAAGGACAUUUUAACGGAUUUGCAUCAUAAAAAUGAAAAACAUUUAUGGAAUUGUGACAAGGAGGAAGAUCUACAUGCCACUGCACUCGAAUUCCGACUUCUUAGACAACAUGGUUUUGAGAUCUCAGAAGAUGUAUUUGAUGUGAUCGUCAACAAAAUAGAAAGUGUUACGUUCAAGAGUGAUGAUAUAAAAAGUAUCAUCACUUUAUACGAAGCGUCGUACCUGUCCUCAAAGUCGGAUACUAAACUUUAUAAAGUCAUCAGACCUUUUGCGACAGAAAAACUAAGAGAAUAUGUUAAUAGUGAUCGUAAUAAUGAAACUUACAAGACACGUGAGAAGGCGAUCCAUGCUUUAGAAAUGCCGUACCAUUGGAGAAUGAGACGGCUGGAGACAAGAUGGUACAUAGAUGCAUACGAAAAGAAACAUGACAUGAAUCUUGCCUUGAUGGAACUCGCCAAAAUUGAUUUCAAUAUCGUACAAGCUUCUCACCAAGAAGAACUCAAAUACGUUUCCAGCUGGUGGAAGGAGGCAUGUUUAAGUAAUCAACUUCCCUUUGUAAGAGAUGGAAUAGUCGAGAAUUACUUUUGGAACGUUGGAAUAAUAUAUGAACCUCAAUUUGGAUAUACACGACGAUUCAUGACUAUAAUUAGUGCACUUAUAAUAACCAUUGACGACAUCUACGAUAUUUAUGGCACUCUUGAAGAACUUGAACUCUUCACUGCCAUGGUUGAUAAUUGGAACGUAAAUGGUCUUGAUGAGCUCCCCGAGUACAUGAGGCUGUGUUUUCUUGUCUUGUACAAUGAAAUCAAUGGCAUUGGAUGUGAUAUUCUCAAACAUAAAAAUAUCAACGUCAUUCCUUUUCUCAAAAAAUCAUGGACAGAUUUAUGUAAAGCAUAUCUAGUGGAAGCAAAAUGGUACAAAAGAGGUUACAAACCAAGCUUGGAAGAAUACAUGCAAAAUGCUUGGAUAUCAACAUCGGUUCCAGCGAUGUUAAUCCACUUUUACUGCGUUUUCUCUGACCAAAUCUCAAUUCAAAUAUUGGAAUCUUUGUCUGAACACCGACAAAAUGUCGUCCGAUGCUCCGCCACCGUCCUCCGUCUAGCUAAUGAUCUUGCAACUUCGCCGGAUGAAUUGGCGAGAGGAGACGUGCUCAAAUCGGUCCAAUGUUACAUGCAUGAGACAGGAGCAUCUGAGGAAGAGGCACGUGGUCACGUGCAGCAGAUGAUCAGCGACACUUGGAACGAAAUGAAUUACGAAGCAAAAAUUGCAUUACUCCCUCGAGGUUUUGUGGAGGCCACAGUGAACCUGGCACGCAUGUCGCAGUGCAUAUAUCAACACGGUGAUGGUCAUGGACGUCCAGACAAAGCCAAGACUGUUGAGCGUGUCAUGUCCUUGUUUGUUAGUCCAGUCCCGUUGGAUUAACUUAAAACAUAAUUAAAUUUACAUUUUAAACCAGUCAAAAGCAUAUAUACAAAAUCAGUAGAUAAGGUGA